ACUCGCGAACAUAAUGGUCCCGUUUGAACUCGAACAUAAUAGUUUGCCAAUAUUGCCGAGUGUCAGAAUUCUAACUAUUCUAUUUCGUAAAUACCUUUUAGCAUUGUGGUCUUUUUAACUUUAGAUCCCGUUUUUUCACUGAUUUCUCGCAUUUCGCUUUCAUCCUCGCGGUCCAUGUAAAACGCUCCGCGGGCCCCACAUUUCUGUUCCCGUUGCACCGCGCAACAUGGAUGUCGGCAUACCUGUGGAGGUCGAAGGGGCUCAUGGGGAGUUCUAUCCGGGGGUCGUUUAUGGGUUAAACUCGUUGGAAGAAUAUAAGGUUAACUUACUGGAUCCAUCGCAUUGCAACUGUGUAGCAGAUGUCACAGUUCCACCAUCAUCUAUGCGCCUCCCACCUGAACUGUCCGGGUUUUCCUUCGAUCCGAUCCAGGGUCAAGGGGUCGACGUCCUCAUACCUUGUAUCGCUAGCCCCGAAGCUGCAGGAGAUUCAGGCAAUUCUCCAUCGCCUAUCUCUAAGCUCUCGGCUUGGUGGCCUGGCCGCGUAAAGAAAGUCGGUGGAGGAUUUGUAAUUGUUGAUUUGCUUUCGACUUUUGGGAGAGAAACGUCGACUUCUAAAUCCCUUCCCGAGGGCUUGGAAGUAGUUAAUGGUCGCGUCAAUAUUCCUCCACCGUCCUCCAUCGAAAAAACCGACAUUGUUGAAAAGCACCAACUCCGACCUCGAAGCCAUCAACCAAAUUUCCACUCAUCCAGCUUCUACAUGCAUCCGAUCGACAUUCCUGAUGAGUUGGAGUCCCAUUGUAAGGAGCCAUCUAAUUACCAGCACUUCGCACGACGAUGCGGAUCGCCCGUGCUGAUGUGUAUGGCUCCGGAAACGUUGAGACCGCCGACACCGAUUAAGAGUGAUGACAAUGGAACUUAUGACCUCCGAGCUCGCUUGCUAGUUAUUUCGACUGAUGUCUCUAUUAUCAAAAGAGCAGCCGUGAUCGACAACACCUUCAUUCACAUGCUUCGACAAAAAGUUCUAAUAUUGCAGCAAACAGAAGAGCUCUCUAAGAAGCUGGAGGCCUCCCGCGUCAGCCAAGCGCCGGCUCCUUUCAUACAAGACGUUUACGUACCCGAAAACCUCAUUCCCUACGCAAUAGGCUUCCAGGGCUCAAAUAUUCGACGCGCAAGCAGCAUCGAGGGAGUUUUAUCAAUCAAGCUCAAUCGGUCCACCGGUGUUUUUCGCGUCUCGGGGAAGACGUUGGAGGCAGUUCAACAAGCCAAAGCAAUGUUGGAUUAUACUAUCGAAAUAGUCCCCGUCCCACGAACGUAUGUGGGUCCUAUUGUUGGUUCUGGACAGCGACACAUUCAGCAUAUCGUGGAUUGUGUGGGUUUGAGUGGCAUGAAAAUCUGCGACAUGCGCGAGACGGAUAUGGCCGAUUUUGUCGCGUUCCAGUUAACCGGCACAAGCCAGUCCAUAAAGGAUGCUCGAAUGUUCCUCGAGUUUCACAUCGCCAGUCUCAAUGAAUUGGACAGAUUGAGAGGAGUCCCUAUUCCUGCUCCAGCGCCUCCCCUCAAAGAUUCCGUUUCUGAACAAGAAACUAAUGUUGUACCACUUGAAAAUAACAUGGCCGCAUCGUCUGAUGCUCAACCUGGAUGGAGGAAUAAUCGGACUUCUCAGCGCACACGUCACAGACCCCCAGUUAAUUCUCGCCAACGCGGAAUGAAUAAUGGAGAUGCGGCACUUCCUGAUUCAAACACCAACAAGGAUCAACAAUCAGAUCAAGCAACAGCUCGAGAACAAGCCGUACUUUCUAAUGCCCCGAGGCCUGAUCAAGGGGCAACCAGAGCUUUUUCCAGACCACAGAAUCGCAGACCCCAGUACAAUCAAACUAACAAUAGUCUUGCGCCGAAAUCUGACGCGUACGUUUCCCGGCGCUUUCAAGAGCACGCUUUGAUAAAUGGAUCUGUGGAGCGCGAUGAGGGUGAUGCAGCGUGUGUGAACGGAGCGGCGCAAAAGCCUCUGAAUACGUGCAGUUCUCAACAACAGCCCGAAGUUGACCAUGCUUCCGUAUCGAAACCGUUAUCCAGAGCCGUAUGACACCAGUCACCGCUGCUGACGCCAACUCGUUGCCUUAGUUUGUGUCCAUCGGUUGAUUGCACCAACCCCGCUCCCUGACCUUGUUUUAUCCGCAUUUAUUCUGCUACAUCUGAGACAUCCUAGUGGUGCGCGCGUGAUGCUCUCCUUUCCUAUUCAGACCCGAUUAAACUAACCCGUUACUGCCUUUGUUGCUGCUGCUGCUACUUCUACUGUCACUGCCAUUUUUGUCGGGAUGACGCGUCGUUUUCUCGGCGAACGUAGCUCACCGGUUUCUUUCUUCCUCACUUGUCUCACUCCAGCCGCCGUGUUGCUUUUGCCUGAUCCGCUUUCUUCUAGCUCAGGGCGAAGGCUUGAUUGUUGUUACGCUGACUUUCGCAUGCCUUGAUGGGGAUUAGAGAUGAAUUGAUUCGUCGCUAGUUUGUUUUCCUGUACAAAUCAGACUGGUUCUUACAGUUUGCUGACUACUGUAUCGUUUCCAAUUCCUUUUGUUCGCUUUCAUUGAACUCCUGAACUUGUAUGGUGCUUUCCCUUAGGUUGCUAAACUGAUUCUGGAUUCCGGUGGGCUUUUUAUCUUUUUUGCUGGUAGCGAUUGCGUGCCACCCCCAUUCGCCUGGCUUAUGAUGUGUUCCUUGAUACCUCAUCCCUAUUUGAUUUACUUCAUUCUGGAUACUCAGCUUUCAGUUGGUUGGAGUCAUCCAUACUCGUUUUAUGCCAUUUAGAUGCUGCAUGUGAACGUAUUCCGACAUCG